UUAACAGAUAGAGUUUGCUCCAAGUUGAUAAGCCCUUAGUGAAGGAGUUAGUGGACCAGCAGGGACUCGGAGACAAUCAUGACUGACAGUCAGAGUGUGUCAGAUAUGGAGGAUGAGGAGUGCUGGGUCCAGCUGGAAGAAUACAGACUGCUGCUGAUAAAGACCAUUGAGCCUUCAAGAAUCACUCCCUACCUUCGGCAGUGCAAGGUGCUAGGCAGUGAUGAUGAGGAGCAGAUAUUCAAUGACCCCAAUCUGGUCAUCCGCCGACGCAAAGUAGGUGCACUAUUGGAUAUUCUUCAAAGAACUGGACGCAAAGGCUAUGUGGCAUUCCUCGAGAGCUUGGAGCUGGAUUAUCCUCAACUGUAUCAAAAAAUUACUGGCAAAGAACCUGCCCGGGUCUUCUCUAUACUAGUUGACACGGUGGGUGAGUCAGGACUGACUCAGUUCUUGAUGAAUGAGGUCACCCGCCUGCAGAAGGGACUGCAGGAGGAACGCCGGCGCAGACAAGAGGCCGCUGCGGCUGCAGCCGCGCAGGAGGAUGCUGUUCGGCAACAGCAGGUUAGGGAGAGGGAGCUGCGGAAGCAGCAGGAGCGCGUGCAGCGUAUGCGGGAGGAGAGGGAACGUCUGUGGGAGGAGGUGCACCACCUGAAGGACGAGAAGUACAGCCUGAUGCACGAUGUGACCAAGCUGAGCGAAGAGAAGAACAGUGCCCUCAUGUCCAACCGUGAUCUGCAGCUGGAGAUAGAGAAGCUGAAGCACUGCCUGAUGAACGCAGAGAGCGACUCGAAAAUUCACCGCAAGCGAACUGUGAAACUGAAGAACGCCAUGGAGCAGAGACCCAGUCAGGACAUGAUGUGGCAGCUCCAGAGAGAGAAUGAUCUGCUCACAGCACGCAUCCAGGAUCUGGAGACUUCUGCUCAGCAGGGGACAGCUCCAGCCCCCUUGGAUCAAGAGAGGCUGAGCACUGAGAGUUUAGAGGACUACAAGCAGCACUCUCAGGCUCAGCACCAGGAGCUGGUAAACAACAUCUACACCCUGCGCAGAGAUCUGCACGAUGCUGAGGCAUGGCAGAAUAGGUACUUGGAAGCGAACGAGGUUCUUGACUUGAAAUGCAUAACAUUGAAGAAGGAUGCCAAAAUGUAUCGUGACCGAAUGGAGGAAAUCCUGAAACAGAUGGAUGAGGUUAUCAGGGAGAGAGACAAGGCCAUCGCCUCACGAGAGGAGUACCACCAGGAGAAUUGCCUGAGCCUCCAGGAUAAGGACCAGUACCGGAAGCAGAUUCGGGAGCUGGGUGAGCUUUGUGAUGAGCUGCAGGUCCAGUUGUUCCGGACUGAGGGAGAGGUUAUGGCACUACAGACCAGGCUUCACACACACACCUGCUCCCCACAUGAUAAAAGCCAGACUAGUGAGGAAGACUGCAGAGACAAAGCUAGUAGUGUGGAGCUGCAAAGCCAGACAUCAGGGGAGUAUGAUGUGUGCAUUGCUUCGCAAGACCACCCGUUGUGUGCAGGAGGGUCCAGGGAAGAGAAUAUCUCAGCAGAAAGAGCUCUAUCAGUGGAUGAACUCUUAGGCUGCAGCAAGCCCAGAUCGAGGUGUAACUUCUACUACAGAAGGAAACGUGCCCUUAGGAGGUCAAAGGCCACAUGCAAGGAACACACACCUUGUGUCCUAGACAACAGCAGUGGAAGUGGCAACACUGACACGGAUGGGAUGUGACUGAGAGAGGGGGAACAGAGGACGGGCUGGGUGGCAUGGCAAGGCCAUUCAGACACAUAGGCUAGUUUACAUUCUUAAACAAAAAAAAUAGAAUUAUUAAAUCAAUUGAAAUAAUCAUUUUGUUGAUAUUAUGAAUAUGUUUAAUCUUUGUAUUUUUCUAAUAAAAUUGUAAUAUUUUGAA